AUGGGUGUGACCACAUUUUGUGAUGAAUACACUUCCCCAAUUGCCCCAUCGAGGAUCUUCAAGGCCUCGAUCGUUGAUUCCCACAAUUUGAUCCCGAAGCUCCUGCCACAGGCCAUAAAAAGCAUUGAGAUCACACAAGGCGACGGAGGUGCUGGGAGCAUCAAGCAGAUCAACUUCGCUGAAGGUAGCCCUCUCAAGUGUGUGAAAUACCGUGUGGACGAACUGGACGAGAAGACACUUACUUAUUGCUACACGUUGGUGGAAGGAGAUGCUUUGGCGGAGAAGCUAGAGAAGAUAACGUACGAGGUUAAGUUUGAGGAGUCGGGCGAUGGGGGGUCGGUUUCCAAGGUGACGAGCAAGUACUACACUGCCGGGGAAUUCAGCCUGAAAGAGGAGGAAGUGAAGGCAGGAAAAGAGAGGGUGUUGGGAAUGUACAAGGCUGUUGAAGCUUUCCUCAUUCAGAAUCCAGAUGCCUAUGUUUGA